AUGUCGUCCUUGCGUGAUCAAUUAGCUCAAGUGGCCCAGAACAAUGCCACUGUUGCUCUUGACAGAAAGAGAAGACAGAAGUUGCAUUCUGCGUCCUUGGUUUACAACCCAAAGACGGCAGCUACACAGGACUAUGAGCAGAUAUACGAGACGGCAUUGGAAUCCUUCCAUUCGUUAGUUGAGCUUGAUUCGAGGUUCAAGGUAUUUGGGAACUCGUUGUUCAGUGAGACUUCUGUAUCGAUCGAUAGGAAUGUGCAGACGAAAGACCAGAUCAAGGACUUGGAUAAUGCGGUGAACGCAUACUUGAUGCUUGUGUCUUCGAGAUGGCAUCUCACUCCGGCAUUGCAUGCCACGGAAUGGUUGAUCCGUAGGUUUCAGAUUCACAUACACAACGCAGAGAUGCUUCUUUUGUCCACGUUGAACCAUUACCAAACGCCGGUGUUCAAGAGGAUUUUGAACAUUGUGAAGCUACCGGCUCUCUUCAACCCGUUCUCGAACUUUGUCAGAAACGACAAGAACCCAACCGACUUGACGUUGAUUAAGUUGUUCAACGACAUGGACUUUUUGAAGCUAUAUUCGAACUACUUGAGCAAAGUCAUCAAGCAGAAGGUCACCUACACAAACCAGUUGCUCUUCACCACAUGCUGCUUCAUCAACGUCAUUGCUUUCAAUGCGACCGAUGAGGACAAGCUAAACAAGUUGGUGCCUAUUAUCUUGGAAAUUUCCGCAAAGCUUUUGGCUUCCGAUUCCAGCGAUUGCCAAAUGGCUGCUCACACAAUGUUAGCUGUUUUCGCCACAGCUCUUCCAUUGAACAAAAACAUCAUCAUUGCAGCCACAGAAACUAUCCUAGCUAAUUUGAAAGAGGCAAACGUCAAGAAAUCGGCUUUGUUGACCAUAUUUAAGCUCUUCCAGACUUUGAAGGGUCAAGGCAACAUAGAUCAACUACCGAUCAAAAUUUACAAGCUCUUCGACAACUCUUUCACUCUUGAGUAUCUAUUGGAUUAUUUGAACACAGCCAACAAAGAGUCCUCUUCCGCUGACAAAUUCUUCACAGCAUACAUUAGAUCGGUGAUCAGAUACGAUCAUGACAAGUUAAACAAAAUUGUUAAGCUACUAAGGUUAAUCAAGCUCCAAAAGUAUGAGGUUAGAUCCAUCAUCACCGAUUUGAUUCAUUUGUCGGAAGUUUUGGAAGACAAAUCACAAUUAGUCGAAGUGUUCGAAUACUUCAUUUCUAUUAACGAAUCUCUAGUGCUGAAAUGCUUGCAAGCUCUAAACUUGAGCGGCGAAGCCUUUGAAAUUAAGCUAACGACCUCUUUAUUCUCGUCUAAAGAUGCAUCUGAACAAUCUGGUGAAGAUAUCAUGAAGGCGUUGGACAACUCAAAGACUGCUGCAAACAACGGUGCCAACGGGUCAACAGUGCCAUUUAAGGAGUUCAUGACCAAGAAUUCUGAAUUCAUCUCCACAAAGGCAGAAUCCAUGAUUGUUGCUGCUGAUGAAAAAUUCGUCAAGCUUUUAUCUUUAUUUAUUGAAGCAGUCGGUAAGGGAUACCAGCCAGGUCUUUUCUUGUCCUCUUUCUUCACUACAUUGGAAAGCAGAAUCACUUUCGUUCUAAGGAUCGUUGUCUCCCCAGGUUCUCCUGUUGCUUUAAGACUCAUCGCUUUAACCCAGUUGAGCAAGUUUAUCAACGGAAUUGAUGAGCAAACAGAUAUCUUCUCAUUUGUUCCAAUUCUUAUCACAGCUCUAUCGGAUGUUUCUAAAUCAGUUCGCUCCAAUGCUAAAAAAGUCUUACAACAAAUUUCCAAAAGACCAUUCACAGGUAAAUAUUUCUUAUCCAAUAAGCUUUAUGGAGACGACCAAAAGGUGCCCAUGUUAAGUCCAAAGGAUAGUAAACCUUGGCUAUCAAACUUUUUGAAUGAGUACAUCAUAGAAAACACUGAUAUAUCAUCUCUUAUCAUUCCUUCUAAGAAUGACAUGGUGUAUAUGUUGUUCUGGUGUAACCAGGCGUUAUAUGUGCCACUUGCAUACUCAAAAAUGGUUUUAUUGAAUGUUGUCACGUCUGUUCCUCAAUAUAACUCUUCUUACUCUAAAGUGUUUGAAACUUUUAUGGCAAACUAUAUUAGUGAAAGGGGUGUAUGGGAGAAUAAAUGCAUGAAGAAUAAAACCAACUUCAAGAUGUUCGAGGAAGCUGUGUGCUCUAUUGUUGCACCCAAGGAAAAGAAUGCAUUUGUUAUUGACUUUAUUAUCAAUUGUCUCGAGUCUGAACAUGAACAACUAUCAGGUAUUAUGGCAAAGAAGUUAUUGGCAGUUUACCCAACCUUAAAGUACCCAAAUCAACUAAAGAUUGUGCAAAGCAUCAUAGACUCUUCUACCGAGAAAGAAUUAUCAUACGAUAGCAUCGAGAUCUUACAAAGUUUGCCAAUCUCUACUGAUAUCUUUGUAUCUAUACUAAAGAGUAAUACCAUCAACAACGACGAUCAAACGGAUUUGACUAAAAGAAGAAGAAGAAGAUCGUCAACCGUUAAUAAAAAUGCUUUGCAAAAAGAAGAUGUUUCUCAAAUUGCAGAGUUGCACUUGAAAAAAAUUACCAUCGUCCUUGAAACCUUGGACAAGUUGAAGGUUGAGGGAAAUGAAAGCUUAUUGAACUCGCUCUUCACCUUACUAUCUGAUUUGGAAACACUUGAUCAUGAUGGUGGACUUCCUGUUCUUUAUGCUCAGGAAACUCUAUCUUCCUGUUUAUUGAAUUCAAUUUCUUCUUUAAAAGUCAGUGAUGGUUCUAUGAAGUUGUCUUCUAUUAGAGCAGAUAUACUCGUUGCUGCAAUUAGAGCAUCGUCUUCACCUCAAAUGCAAAAUAAACUACUUCUAGUUAUCGGUGCAUUGGCUUCAAUUUCUCCAGAAACCAUCUUGCAUUCUGUUAUGCCAAUAUUCACUUUCAUGGGUGCACAUACCAUCCGUCAAGAUGAUGAAUUCUCUACUCUAGUUGUGGAGCGCACUAUUAGCACUGUUGUUCCUGCUUUAUUAAAAUCUGCAAAGGGAGAAAAUAAAUCAGAUGAGAUCGAAUUUUUGUUAAUGAGUUUUGCAACUGCAUUCCCACAUGUUCCAAAACAUAGAAGAGUAAGACUUUACUCUACAUUAGUUCAAGAGUUGGGCCCAUCUACAGCAAUUGCACCAUUUUCAUUCUUAAUAGCUCACCAAUAUUCUAGCUGUUUGGAAAAAUUCAAAAUUGCUGAAUCUAAGAGCUACAUUGAAUUCUUCAAAACCUUCUCAGGUAAGUUCGAUGUCAUUGAUCUAUUACAUGGUUAUAACGAAUUGUUUUCAUUAAUAGAGCUAUUGGACUACGAAUCCUUGCACAGUAAAUCGUCUCAGACUAGAACCCUAUUCUCAAAUGGUAUUACUAACAUGAGCAAGUCCGAGUUGUUCAAUUUGAAGAAGAAUGCUCUAGAUUUCAUUGACAAGGUCAUUGGAGAAAGCAAAUCUGAUUACUAUAACACAUCUAGUAACUUGAAGCUAAGAUUAUUAGGUGUAUUAAUUGAUUCUACAUUAGAUGAUACUGUUAAAGAUCAACUCAGAGAUACUUUCAGUACUCUACUAGGUAGAACGCUAUUGAUGAUCAAUAGCACAGAUGACUACGCUGUUCAGAAAAGAUUAUCAUCUGGGAAAACGGAAGAUGAAGAAAACUCUGAAAGUGAAAAUGAAAUAGAUCAUAAGGAUUUGAAGGAAGUUUUGUUCAACUUGCUAAGUCACAUCUUGGAAUUACUUCCAAUUGGUGAUUUCGUUGCAUCUACUCUUCCAUUACUCCAAGGCAAGACGGACGAAUCGGUGAGACAUCAUUUGACUUUAGUUACGGCUAACAAAUUCAAUGAAGAACCAAUUGACUCGUUCGAAGUUGCUAAUGAUGUUUUACAGACUUUGGUCAACAUCGUGGAGAAUGAACAAGAAUCUACUUCAAUGUUGCAAGUGACUCUAAACACUAUUGGUUCUAUUGUUUCAAGAUUUGGUGAUAAAUUGGAUAGUUCAGUCUUGAUGAAAACGAUGGACAAUGCCUGCAAGCUUCUAAAGUCUGGUACCACUGAAAUUGAAAUUUCUUCUUUGACUGUUUUAGCUACUGUGAUUCAAGUGUUAGGUGUUAAGACUAUUGCAUUCUAUUCAAAGGUUGUGCCAGUCACUAUUGAUAUUUUCAGGAAAAUUCAGAACACUCAAAACGAAUUAAAGGAGCAAUUGCAACUUGCUAUUAUCUUGCUAUUCACUGCAAUGAUCAAGAAGAUCCCAAGUUUCCUAUUGUCCAAUUUGCAAGAUGUAUUUGUCAUUCUUUUCAAUUCUGAUGAAGUGGCGGAUUCUGUCAGACUUUCUGUGAUCUCUUUGAUUGUUGAACACAUUCCAUUGAACGAUGUUCUAAAGACACUACAAAAAGUUUGGUUAUCCGAUGUUUCAAAGAAUGGUGAUUCUGUUGCUGUUUCAUUAUUUUUAUCUACUUUAGAGUCUACGGUGGAAGCAAUUGAUAAGAAACAUGCUACUCAACAAUCACCUGUUUUCUUCAGACUACUUUUGAACUUAUUUGAAUACAGAAGCAUCUGUGACUUUGAUGAAAAUACCAUUAAUCGUAUUGAAGCUUCUGCCCAUCACAUUGCAAAUAUGUAUGUUCUAAAAUUGAAUGAUAAGGUAUUCAGACCCCUUUUCGCAUUAGUGGUCAAUUGGGCUUUCAAUGGGGAAGGUGUUACCAACACUGACAUGCCAAAGGAGGAAAGACUCAUUGCAUUCUACAAGUUCUAUAAUAAGACACAAGAGAAUUUGAGAUCAAUCAUCACAUCCUACUUUACCUACUUGUUGGAGCCAACAACGAAGCUUUUGAACCAAUUUAUUUCUGGAGAAGUUAAGAACACUAAUUUACGCCGUUUGGUAUUGAUUUGUUUAACUUCUUCAUUUAAAUAUGAUAGAGAAGAAUACUGGAAGUCUACCUCGAGAUUUGAAUUGGUCAGCGAAGCGUUAAUCAACCAACUAAGUAACAUUGAAGAUGUUAUCGGUAAGUAUAUUGUCAAGGCCAUCGGUUCUUUGGCAACUAACAACGCUGGUGUCGAGGAACAUAACAAGAUAAUGAGCGAUCUAAUGAUCUCCCACAUGAAGUCUACAUGCCAGACCAGAGAAAAGUUCUGGGCUGUAAGGUCAAUGAAGCUAAUAUACUCAAAGGUUGGAGACGGCUGGUUAGUAUUAUUACCACGUUUAGUUCCAAUCAUAGCUGAAUUGUUGGAAGAUGAAGACGAAACAGUUGAGUACGAAGUUAGAAGCGGCUUAGUGAAGGUUGUUGAAAAUGUAUUGGGAGAACCAUUCGACAGAUACUUAAGCUAG